CUGGAGGGUUGACUAUUGAGUGUCCUGAGAGGUCAGAUUGCUGUCAGACAUGGCCCAUGGACAUGAACAUAGGCAUGGGCAUGGCCAUGGUAAAUUGGUCCUUCCGGAUUAUGGAAAAUGGAAGAUAGAAGGGACACCCUUAGAAACUGUGCAGGAGAAGCUGGCGGCACGGGGGCUCCAGGGUCCUUGGGGCCGCCACGAAGCUUGGAGAUACACGGGUGGCUUUGCAGACAAUGCCACCUUUGUUGGUGCAGUGCUAAAAGGAUUCAAAUGGGGGUUUGCUGCCUUUGUGGUCGCUGUCGGGGUUGAAUAUUUCCUGGAGUCCCAGAAUAAAGAUAAGAAGCACCACUGAAGGUAGUACCUGGAGUAUCUUAGUGACUUCUUAACUCUGUUAGUCACUGUAGCCUACUCAUCUGUGUGUUUGUCCCUUAAAUAAUACUACUAAGAUUUAAUAAAGAAUACAUGUU